AUGGCUUCGAAUAUCAAGACCGGAGAGACCAAAGAGACAGAUAGACAUGGCACGCAAACUCGGCUAACACUUUCCCCUCCCCCCCUCCCCUGUGAAGCCCUCCCCCCGGACCGCCGACCGCUCGUCAUCUCAGGCCCCUCGGGCGUCGGCAAGGGCACCCUGUACAAGAUGCUCUUCGACCGGCACCCAGAGACCUUCACCCUCUCCGUCUCGCACACGACCCGCGCCCCGCGGCCGGGCGAGUCCGACGGCGUGCACUACCACUUCGUCAGCAUGGAGGACUUCGAGUCGCUCAUCGGCAAGCAGGGCUUCGUCGAGCACGCCAAGUUUGGCGGCAACCGCUACGGCACGAGCAAGAUGACCAUCGAGGAGCAGGGCGCCAAGGGCCGCGUCGUGGUGCUCGACAUCGAGAUGGAGGGCGUCAAGCAGAUCAAGCAGUCGACCAUGUCGGCGCGGUACAUCUUCAUCGCGCCGCCGUCCGAGGAGGAGCUCGAGAAGCGCCUGCGCGGCCGCGGCACCGAGAAGGAGCAGAGCAUCCAGAACCGCCUGCAGCAGGCCAAGCUGGAGCUCGAGUACGCCAAGACCCCGGGCGUCCACGAGAAGAUCAUCGUCAACGACGACCUCGAGAAGGCCUACAAGGAGCUCGAGGACUUUGUCUACAAGCCGCUCGAGUCAUGA